UUCUGGCCAUGUUCGGGCGGCAGGUGUUUCUGGUCGAGCUCGGCGAGACGGUGGCACGCCAGAGGAACAGCCUGAGGCGUUGGGAAGCGGAACCGUCCACUACUUCCUCAAGUCGGACGGUCUAAAGCGCCGGAGGAACCAUGCUACCAUUCGCUGCCCACUGGGCUGACGUGCUCUCUACUAGGCUGACGAACUCUCCAACUGAUGAGCGCAGCACGGAGGGUAGAGUCGAAAGGAUGGGAUAAGGAGAGAGCAUGGCAGUGAGAGGGCAGAGAGUGGGCUGAGCACUGGAGAGCAGCAGUGGAGCCUGCCGAGCGACAUCAAAGCAAGAAAAGAUAAGGCAUAAUGUGCUCUCAAAAUACACGUGUCCGCCAGUCGCAUCGUGCAUUGGGUGUAAGCUCGGAGCAAAACUGCAAGCGCACACCGUGCACUAUGAGCAUGGCCACCUAUGCGAUGACGGCGGCACUGAGGCAAGCCUGAACGAGCAGCUUGAGUUUGGCUGCAGGACGACGGACACCGUGAAGGCACUCACAGUGAGACAAAUCAGGUCGCACUCAUGGCUGAGGUUUCCGGCGGACAUCAGCUGAGCCACCUCUCCGAUCCCGGCCAGGCCCAUCCUGGGCCCGCCCCGUCUCGGUGAGGUGGUCAGCUGACGCACCCCGGCAUUCGUCGUGGAAGCGCGUCAGGAUGGGAAGCCUGUCGGGAGGACACCGCAUGCGGGGCGGCCGAUCACGCAACAGACCUCGAGAAGCACGGCCGCCGAAGCCUGCGUGAUAAGCUCCCGGCGGCGGCCUCGUGCUCCUGCGUCGAGCACGACUCCCAUGCAGCUCACCUCUCGAUCCCACAGCCCUUCCGUCCCUCCAUGGAAACGUGUGGGCCAUUGGGCGAAAGGUGGUCCCCGCCGACAACAAGCUUGAAAUCUCUUCAAACGGUACUUUACUCCGUCUGGCAAAAAUGUGUGAAGAAGGCUGAUGCGCACUCACCCCGAGCGGUUCACUCAGGAACCGCACGGAGCAGGGAGAGAAAGGAGCGAAGAGAGGGGCCGCGAGCACGGGAGGCUCGGCGAAUCGGCGCUGCUUGUGAUGCGCAGCACAAGCGUCAUCACAGCGAAGCCAAAAGUGCGCCAGCCGCACACCGGGCGCGGGGCUCGAAACAUCUCUCCCGAUUAUCCGUCGUGAAGCGUGCAGGGCCUGCGCUCUCUACACGAGAAGCACCCGCAGAAAAAAAACGAUCGACGAAUGCGCUGGAUAUCCACGGCCCCACUCUGUGGACUCCUCCUCCCCGACUCCGUGGACACUGGGCGGCCCUGCGCGGAAGCCCUGCGCGCGGAGAGGCGUCCCCUGGGAGCGCGCGCCCGCGGGAUCCCGCCCGGGUGCAUAGACAACACGGGAGGCGCGGCGGCUCGUCGCUCUCGAGGACGUGCAGGCAGCAUGCCCCGACAGCAUGGAAGGGUCCUGCAAGACCUGCACCAUGCUGCCCUCGAACGGCCUGGCAGACUCCCUGGCCACCGGCGACGGCGGGCUCUGCGGGACGCACCCGGUGUAGCCCGCCUGCGGCGACCGCGGGCGGGGCUCCUCUGCCGCCGGCGGCUCCCAGGGGCACGCCCGGCUGUGGCGCAGGACGGCCGCGACGGUGCCGUCCGCGGCGAGGGCCACGUCGUAGACGCGCACCUCGAGCACCCGAACUCCGAGGCCCCAGGAUGGCCGAGAACCCCUCGCUCCAGCUCACGGAGGUACGCCUUGUGAGUCACGAGGCACAGCACGUCCUCCUGCAUGGUGGCGAUGCCCUCCUGGACGAAGCGUCGAAUCCGCCGCCGCAGCAGAGCAUUAUCCUCUCCACAGGGGCCACCGACCGCGCGGGUCGCCAGCGGGUCACGGAAGUCCAUGUGCGAGAACAGCUCGCAGCCCAUCAUGUCCCGCGGCGGGCUGGGCGUGUCGCACGGCAGGCACGUCUCGCGCUCGCGCAGGUCCUCGCAGACCUGGGUGGCGCCGUGCCCGGGGAACAUGUGCGCAGCCGUCUGCAGAGUCCUCUGCAGCGGCGAGACCAGGACGCGGGCCGGCGCCGGCAGGCCCGAGGAGGCGCUCGUGAGCUCCUCGAGCUCCGUCCUGGAGAGUGCCGCCUGCGCCCUGCCCGCGUCCGAGAGCGCCGCGUCCCGCAGCCCCUCCGCCGUGAGGCACGCCUUCCUCGCCGCCUCCACGGCGGCCUUCCAGGCCUCGGAGCCGCUCUCCAGGCCCUGGGCCUCUGCCCUGACGGAGGCCGCCUUUCGGGCCUUCUGCUCCUCGAUGUUGUGCAGCGCCUCGCCGUGCCUGACCUGAAACAGAGUCUUGACCAUCACGAUCGACGCGGCAGCUUCUGGCUCCGAACACUGGUGGGCAUGGAGGCCCCUGAUGGGACGCAGGGCGUGGCAACCUCGGCCGCAGGCGCCUGCGAGGCCAAGUCUGUCGCGGACAUGCCUGGCUUAGCCCAGUGACGUCUGGCCGCGGCGGCGGGGUGGCUGAGUUCUACGGUACGCGUGCACUCUGGGCAGGCG